AUGAUCAAGCAAUAGACAAUUUAGAAAAAGACUAUUGAAAAUGAUUUAAAGUAUUGUAUUAAUAGUUUGAGUCCUAACUUGAUUUAAUUGAGUUAAUCUAUAUCUCAAAUAAAAAAAUUAUGCCAAAGCCGUGCUAAAUUACAAUUAUAACUAUUAUAAGGAGAUAAGAUAUGCAUUUUUUGCUAAGGUUAUAACGAUAGAUUAGAUUAAUAGGAUUAAAAUUAAGUUAAAUAUUUGAAAUGCAAGAAGUGUUAGUAAACAUACCAUGAAGACUGUAUAUUGUAAACGAUUGAACAUUCUUUCUAAGUCUAAAAAAAAUAAAUUGAAGGAACGGAGGAUUAUGAUUAAUUAGCUAAAUUAAAACCAACUUUUUAAAUAGUUUGUUUAAGAUGUGAUUCAUAAGAUUGCUUUAGCGAAGAGAUUAAUGCAAAAAAAAUUAAUUAUAUUUAAUAGCUAAAUUAAAUAUGCUAGAAAGUGAGAGACUAAGUUUAUGAUUAGAUAGUUGAAGAAAAGAAAAAAUUAGGCUCAUGCUAAAUAUGUAACUUUUUAUGGCUUAAAAGGUAGGCAGAGCAUUAAAUUUUUGAAUGUGAUCUUGAUAAAGACGAUGAAUUUUUGUAAGAAAUUAAAAAUUAUGAAGAAAAUCCUUAAAUUGCAAAAAAAAAAAUCAAAUUAUCCAAUUGCAAACAUAUUUUUUGUCAAAAUUGCUUGAGUGAUAAAGUUUUGGAUAAAUAGAUUCUAUAAGAAGAUUAUAAUUUAUGCUGUUAAGCUGAGAAUUGCAAAAGUGAACUUACAUUUUAAGAAAUAUUUGUAAUAUUAGGAAGCAAAUUUAACUGGUAUAUGAAAUAUAAGCACCAAAAAUUUUUGAUAGAAGAACUUAGCAAAAUAAAAAAUGAAAUACAAUUUGUCAGGUGCAGAGGUGUAUAUAAGCUAGCUAAAUAAAAUUGCCUGGGAAUAAAAUUAUAAAAUAGAUAAGAUAUAAUCAACAGCAUUAAAGAAAUACACUAAUUAGAGUAAUAAAUUAUAUAUGAAAAUAGCAACAUUCUACCAGAUCUAAAAGCAAUUAAAUCAGUAUAAUUUAAUGAUUAGGAAAGCAUUUAGUGCUGCAAUAGGGUAUACUAAGUCAUUAGAAAUAAGUAGUUAGACAUGAAAGCCUUCUUUGAGUAAAUCGUUAACUAAACUUAGUGUGAAAAUGAAAAAAAAGAAAGGAAAAAUAUGUAUGAUCAGUAUUUAGAAUCUUAUAUUAAACCUUUUCCAGAUCAUGAAAAUUAGCCAGAAAACGAUUGCUACUUGAUCACUUGUGAAGAUGAAAAUUGCUAGUUUUAAUUUUGCGUUAAUGGUUGUUUAGAUAUUCAUAAUGCAAUUAAUUAGUGUCCUAAUGCUGAUAGAUAUAAUGACAAUAUUAAUAUCUUUAAUAUAGAUUUAAAUGAUGUUGUUAAAAAUUUUGGAGCAUCUACUUUACACUUUAAGUAGGUCGAUGGUUCUGUUAUUCUUACCAAUAGUGUUAAAUGCUUUAGAUGUUUCAGAGAAAUUUAACGAGAGUCUAAAAAUGAUGAAAACUAAGAAUAGCCUAAAUGCAAAUGCUUUGAAGAAUAUAAUAAAAUUUAAAAUAACAACAAUUAAGAAAUACAUUAAAACUAUUAUCAAUAAAUUCAAAUUGAUGAUUAAAAUAAUCUAAAUAAUAAUGAUUAAUACGAAUAAGAAAUAAUUUGA